AAGUGAUGAUGGUAAAGAGAAGGAGGUAGUACAAAUAUCCAAAUGUACGGCCAUUGCUGCAAAACUGCCCAUUUUCCUGGCUUCCAUAGCCCCACCCCCCUUCGAUCUCUCUCACUUCUCUCCAUUUUCACACCGUCGCCUCUCUCCGCCCUCCGCCCUCCGCCCUCCGCCGGCGGCAUGUUUAUUUCCAACCCCUUUUCCUCCGCCAAUCCGUAACUCAAGGAUCCGAUUCACUUUCCAGUCUUCCGGAUGAGGAUUCUGUUUGAGUUUCCGGGUAGCGGGUGGAAGCCUUCCGGAAAGGAGUUCCAAUUCAGGGUAUUAUUGGGAUUCUAAAUCCUCUUGUUUGUUUGUUUGGUUGGUUUGGAUUUGAAUGGUGUUUUGCCUUUUUGGUAAUUGUAUAGAUACCUAUAUGGAGAAAUUUGAGAGUUUAUCAGGGGUGAUGUUGAAAUUGUUGGAUUAAUGGAAGGAAUAAACAGACGGAAUCUGAUUGCACACAAGGAUCAGAAUUUCUUUCUGGAUGUGGGGAGGAUUCUGCUGAGAUGUGGGAUAGCAUAGAUAACUUUUUUGUUUAAUUUUUCUUUUUUAUGGUUUUUGUUUGGUGGAUUUGGUGGGGUUUUUUUGGGUAUACCAAAUAGUUAUUAACAUGAAAAACAGAAUUUGUGUUGAUACUUGUAUGGAGGUGGACAGUAAAGAAGAAGAAGAAGAAGAAGUACCUCAUCUCUUGGACUUGAACACAGAAGGAAGAGUGAAUGAUGGUCAUCACCUUGGAUCAAGUGAUUCACUGUUCCCUGGUCUUAUUGAUGAUGUUGCCUUGAAUUGUCUUGCUUGGGCUUGCCAAUCAGAUUACACAGCAUUGUCAUGUCUUAACUCAAGGUUUAACAAGUUGGUUAGAAAUGGUGAUUUAUAUGGGUGGAGAAAACAUUUGGGGAUUAAGGAGCAUUGGGUGUAUCUGGUUUGUGAUUUAAAGGGUUGGGAAGCAUUUGAUCCUUUGAGAAAAGUAUGGAUGACUUUGCCUAAAAUGCCUUGUGAUGAGUGCUUCAAUCAUGCGGACAAGGAAUCAUUGGCUGUAGGAAGUGAGUUGUUAGUUUUUGGCCGAGAAAUGUUUGAUUUUGCUAUAUGGAAGUAUAAUUCAACUUCUAAUGGUUGGGCAAAGUGUCAAGGAAUGAAUCGACCACGCUGUCUGUUUGGCUCGGGUAGUCUUGGUUCGAUUGCAAUUGUAGCAGGUGGGAGUGAUAUGACUGGGAAUGUUUUAGACUCUGCAGAGUUGUAUGACUCUUCAUUGGGUACAUGGGAAAUGUUACCCAAGAUGACGACCCCGCGUAGAUUGUGUUCUGGUUUUUUUAUGGAUGGGAAGUUUUUUGUGAUCGGUGGAAUGUCGAGCUCCACUGUUUCAUUAACUUGUGGGGAGGAGUACAAUUUUCAAACAAGAAAAUGGCGGAAAAUUGAAGGAAUGUAUCCCUAUGUUAACAGGGCUGCACAGGCUCCUCCCCUUGUUGCUGUGGUUGACAACCAAUUAUAUGCAGUGGAAUAUUUAACCAACCUGGUCAAGAGGUAUAACAAAAUCAAUAACACUUGGAAUGUAUUGGGAAGGCUUCCUUUAAGGGCUGAUUCUUCAAAUGGCUGGGGCCUGGCUUUCAAGGCCUGCGGUGAGGAACUUCUUGUGAUAGGUGGACAGAAAGGUCCAAACGGUGAAGCAAUCGUACUGAACGCAUGUUCUCCAAAGUUUGGCAUGAAGAAUGGAGCCUUGGAUUGGAAGUUUCUUGGUGUGAAGGAGCACGUUGGUGUUUUUGUCUAUAACUGUGCUGUUAUGGGUUGCUUAUAGAAUAAUUGAACAGAAGAGCCCGACUCUGAAACCAGAUCUGGCACUUUUGGAGCUGCUCACUACAUUUAUCUCGGUCAGCUACAACUAUUCGUCUCCCUGUGUAUGGUUUUCACUUUCUUAAUGUGCCUACAUUUGGAUGUGCUUUUGUUUCUAUGUUCUCCUGUUGGUUAGUUUGAGCAAAUUCUCUCUUGUCUGUCGCAUUCAUCCUGUUUUCUUCAUUGUGUCCUUACUAAUAAAUAUUUAUAGCCUCUCCAGUCGCUGGAUAAUUGUUCAAUUCUAACAUUUUCUAUGCUUUGAUUGAAUGUAAGUCUGCUCGAAUUUCACUGCCUA